ACCACCUUCUCCUCCUCCGUCCGUUUCCUCCUCCGCCUCGGUUUCUCAGUCGCUGCUGGUUCUCUGCCUUGGUCGUAUUGUGUAUAGGUAUUGCUCUCUUUCUUCUGGAUUCUCUAGUCUGCUCGUCGUGCCAACUCGUCUCUUACCUCAGGCUGCUGCCGCAAAGGCUCUCUCUGCUAUUUAAUCCUCACCACCGCGACCAUCUCGUCAUCUUCACCUCUUCACCUCACAGCUCAACCUACUUCUUCCUCUACCAACAGCAGCACUUCUACCUCUUCUAGCAUACAACCAUGCAUUUCGCCAUACCCUCCCGCGCAGCCGAUCAGUCGCUCCCCGGCUCGCCGACCUUCAAGAUGCGAUCCAAAUCAAAAAACUACGCGCCGCCACUACUCUCGCAGCUCUGGUCCUCAGUCUUCGCCUCCGAGUCCGACUCGUUUGAGCGGAAACGACGGAGCAGUCGCCGCUCGGCCGUGUCGGCCGCCGUGCUGCUCGUCAUCCUCGUCGUCGUGGCGUUCUUCUUCGUCGUUUACUUUGUCGCCGUUAAACUUACCAGCUCGGUGCAGCCUGAUGGGCCGAGCGUGGUGCUGGUGCUGGGACUCGACUACAAGGCGUACAAGAACGACUAUCUCCAGAAAAUCAUCGAUAACCGGAAAGAGUACGCGGACGCGCAGGGCUACGGCCUGUAUGUGCGGGACAUCCACGACUUUGACAGCCGGGUGAACGACCCUGAGAAGAACGAGUGGAAGAAGAUGCCGCUGAUCCGGGCCGCGAUCGACCAGCACCCGCGGUCGGAUUAUUUCUGGUACCUCGAUCAGAACGCGCUGAUUAUGAACCCGAACUUGAAUCUGGAGGAACACAUCACCGAUCCAAAGAAACUCAACACGCUCGUCCUGAGAGAUAUCCCGAUCGUGCCGCCUGAUGGGACGAUUAGGACGUACAGGCAUGUGCCGGCCGACCGCAUGAAGUUCAUCAUCUCGCAGGAUCACGAGGGGUUGCAGACCGGGAGCUUCAUUCUCAAGAAUGAGGAGUACUCCAAGUUUGUGUUGGAUUCGUGGUCUGAUAAAUUGUAUCAAGAAUACACCUUUGCAAAGAAAGACAAAGGAGCUCUGGAACACCUCGCGCAAUGGCACCCAACAGUACUCAGCAAAAUGGCCGUAAUCCCCCAGCGCACGUUCAACUCCUACCCCAACGGCGUCGGCGAGUCUCUCUACCAAGACGGCGAUUUCGUCGCCAGCUUUGCCGGCUGCGAAGCGCCCGAGCGGAAUUGCAUCCGCGAGUUUGAACGGCUGUGGGAUAACCGGGGUCGCGUCGUCGUCAAAAAGUAGGCAAAGAAAACUGUUUGUUUUUUUGUAUCAUUACCAUUUCUUGUCGUGUGUCUUUCUUCUUUCUGUGUUUUUUGAGUAGUUUGCAGUUGUACAUCGUUGCUGCAUUGAGGGUCGCUCUUGCUACUACAGUUUUAACUCAUUAUUCCUCACAUAUUAAUAGCGUUGUUUGUUCUUUUGCUUCAUCUUUGUUGUGUAUAAUACGUUUUGCUUUUUUUGAUAGAUUGAAUAUAUCCCAUUAAUUACAUUUCCCUGCCUUCUUCAGUUUAAUAGCAGCAUCAAAUCAUUGACAAUAUCUCAGACUCUUAACAAAACAUUACAUAAU